AUGCGACGUCAGUCCAUUGCAGUUUCGAAUGAUGAUUUGCCAAAGGUCGCCGCAGUAGAACUGUUUGUCAACACGACCCAAAGCCCCCAUCGCCCUCCAAUCCAAGCGGCAAUUCAUGUUCCACAAGAAACACGCAGCCCUCCAUCUCCACCGACCCCUGUGCCCCAAGAGAAUCCACAACAACCAUCCAGACCGCUUUUCAUCAAAUAUCCAAAUUCAGCGGAAACGCUUGAAGAAGCCCUCGCCCGUAAGGCUGUCCCAAAAAUAGCAGGACGUCCGGAUGAGUCUCACUUGCACGGCAUGGUUGGCGUUGGACCAGACGGCGAGGCGAUUUGGAAACCAAAGCCACUCUCAGCCUUCCGUAUGACCCAUGAUCAGAAAGUUGAAGCUCACGCUGGCUACUGUUUUAAUACAAAAGUCGCUGAAAGUCUUCCGUUGGACCGUCCGAUCCCUGACUAUAACUCAGCCUCUUGUCGCGGUGUUCAGUAUCCAGCAACGCUUCAACCAGCAUCAGUGAUUAUCGUUUUCUACAAUGAAAAUUUUUCGGUCUUGCUACGAUCAUUCCAUAGUGUUCUCAAUCGCACGCCUCCUCAUUUAUUAAAUGAAGUGAUCAUUGUUGAUGACUUUAGCAAUUCAACAACUCAUCCUUGGCUGUUUGAAGAGCUGGAUAAUUAUCUUCAGUAUGUCCCAAAAGUCGUCGUUCGACGUUUGCAUCGCCGUCACGGAUUGAUGAUGGCGCGGAUGGCGGGGGUGGAAUGGGCGACUGCCCCGACUGUCGUCUUUCUGGAUUCUCACAUCGAAUGUGCAGAUCGUUGGAUUGAGCCGUUGGUUCAUGCAACACAGAAAGAUAGAAAAACAAUUGUUGUCCCAAUGAUUCAUACAAUCGAUUUCGAUAAUUUUGGAUUCGAGUCUGGUCAUCUUGAUGUCUUGGGAUUUUCAUGGAGUUUGGGACAGACGCAUCCCUAUCGAUCUCAUUCCGAUUUCGCUCCCAUGCCGUCACCUGUUAUGGCGGGUGGUUUAUUUGCUGCUGAUAAGAGCUGGUUCCUGGAGCUUGGAGGUUACGAUCCUGAAAUGCGUCUUUAUGGAGGGGAAGAAAUGGAAAUAGGUUUCAAGGUGUGGAUGUGUGGGGGAAGGCUUGAAGCUCUUCCAUGUUCGCGCGUUGGUCAUGUUUUCCGAAGUGGAUUGUACUGGAACCAUCAGGUUUAUCGAGUUCCUGGUGAAGAAAUUCAUAGAAAUAAACUUCGUACUGCUGAAGUUUGGAUGGAUGACUAUGCAAAAAUUGCGAAAAUUGCAAUUCCAAAGCUACCAGACGACAUGUCAAUUGGGCCCUUAGACGAAGUCAAAGCCGUUCGUCAAAGGCUUCAGUGCAAGUCUUUCAAGUGGUAUUUGGAAAAUGUGUUUCCUGACUUGAAAGUCCCAAAAAUUGAAGGUGGAAAGGCGGGUGCGAUCCGCAACCCAAACUUGAAUGCUUGUAUCGAUUCCUUACUGUUGAAGAGUUCUGGUAGUCCAGUAGGAGCAUAUCCUUGUCACCAUCAGCAUGGAACUCAAGCAUUUCUUCAUGACGCUGAUGGAUUCAUUCGAAUUGCAGAUACUGAUUUCAAGUUGUGUCUACGUGCUGGAAAGGAUGGUCUCAUUGGAUGGGCUUCUGGGGACAAUCAUGUUACAGCAACGGACAAUUGCGAUACUCAUGAGUGGAUUUACCAAUCAGAUACAAAGCAACUCAAAGCAAAGCGUUCCCUUGACGGACAACAGACAGCAAAGUGUUUGCAGGUCGUUAAGCAAGAAACACCGAAGAGCCCUUUCGAUUUGCUGGUUGCUGAUUGUUCUGAUGAAUCAAAAUAUCAGAAAUGGGAGUAUGAUCCUGUCGAGUGA